AAGGGCAGAAAAAAGGAUCGAUCAAAUUCUAUUGAGUCUGACUCAUAGUGAUCAUUUAUCAAAGAAUGACUCUGGUUAUCAAAUGAUUGAACAACCGGGAAACAAUUUACUUACGAUACUUAGUUGACAUUCAUAAAAAGUAUCUAAUGAAUUAUGAGUUCAAUACAUCCUGUUUAGCAGAAAGACGGAUAUUCUUGCUCAUUAUCAGACAAUCACUUAUUCACAAACUUCGUGUGGGGCUAAUAGUUUUCAUUUCCCGUCUCAUGGAAAACCCUUUUCGCUCCGCUUAGCCCUAUCCCCCUCUAGGAGUAUUUUAGUGAUAGGUUCUAUAGGAACCGGACGAUCCUAUUUGGUCAAAUACCUAGCGACAAACUCCUAUGUUCCUUUCAUUACAGUAUGUCUGAACAAGUUCCUGGAUAACAAGCCGAAAGGUUUUUUUCUUGAUGAUAUCGAUAUUGAUGAUAGUGACGAUAUUGAUGCUAGUAACGAUAUUGAUCGUGAACUUGAUACGGAGCUGGAGCUUCUAACUAUGAUGAAUGCGCUAACUAUGGAUAUGAUGUCGGAAAUAGACCUAUUUUAUAUCACCCUUCAAUUCGAAUUAGCAAAAGCAAUGUCUCCUUGCAUAAUAUGGAUUCCAAACAUUCAUGAUCUUGAUGUGAAUGAGUCGAAUUACUUAGCCCUCGGUCUCUUGGUGAACUCUCUCUCCAGGGAUUGUGAAAGAUGUUCCACUAGAAAUAGUCUUGUUAUUGCUUCGACUCAUAUUCCCCAAAAAGUGGAUCCCGCUCUAAUAGCCCCGAAUAAAUUAAAUACAUGCAUUAAAAUAAGAAGGCUUCUUAUUCCACAACAACGAAUGCACUUUUUCACUCUUUCCUAUACUAGGGGAUUUCACUUGGAAAAGAAAAUGUUCCAUACUAAUGGAUUCGAGUCCAUAACCAUGGGUUCCAGUGCACGAGAUCUUGUAGCACUUACCAAUGAGGCCUUAUCAAUUAGUAUUACACAGAAGAAAUCAAUUAUAGACACUAAUACAAUUAGAUCUGCUCUUCAUAGACAAACUUGGGAUUUGCGAUCCCAGGUAAGAUCGGUUCAGGAUCAUGGGAUCCUUUUCUAUCAGAUAGGAAGGGUUGUUGCACAAAAUGUAUUUAUAAGUAAUUGCCCCAUAGAUCCUAUAUCUAUCUAUAUGAAGAAGAAAUCAUGUAACGAAGGGGAUUCUUAUUUGUACAAAUGGUACUUCGAACUUGGAACGAGCAUGAAGAAAUUCACGAUACUUCUUUAUCUUUUGAGUUGUUCUGCCGGAUCGGUCGCUCAAGACCUUUGGUCUCUACCCGGACCCGAUGAAAAAAAUAGGAUCACUUCUUAUGGAUUCAUUGAGAAUGAUUCGGAUCUAUUUCAUGGCCUAUUAGAAGUGCAAGGCGCUUUGGUGGGAUCCUCACGGACAGAAAAAGAUUGCAGUCAGUUUGAUAAUGAUCGAGUGACAUUGCUUUUUCGCUCCGAACCAAGGGAUCCCUUAUAUAUGAUGCAAGAUGGAUCUUGUUCUAUCGUUGAUCAGAGAUUUCUCUAUGAAAAAUACGAAUCGGAGUUUGAAGAAGGGGAAGGAGAAGCAGUCCUCGACCCGGAACAGAUAGAGGAGGAUUUAUUCAAUCACAUAGUUUGGGCUCCUAGAAUAUGGCGCCCUCGGGCUUUCUAUUUGAUUGUAUCGAAGGCCUAA